UAAGGCACUUCCAUUUUGCGCUUUUCUCACAGAGAAAUAACCCAAACUGUCUCUGUAGUAUAGAUUGUUAGGAUACCACUAACACAUUGAUUUACACUGCUCCAGGUGAUAAAUCCAUUAGACUAAAGCUGUUGCUUUGUUUUCCAGUCUCUUUGCUUCAUUGAAAGGGAAAUAAUGCUCCAUUCAACACUGGCCUUGUCCCUCCUGCUAAUUGCAGUCUCUUCUAACCUUGCAAUGGCAAUCAAGAAGGAAAAAAGAGCACCUCAGACACUGUCAAGAGGAUGGGGAGAUGAAAUUACCUGGGUACAAACUUACGAAGAAGGGCUUUAUCAAGCGAAAAAAAGUAACAAGCCACUGAUGGUAAUUCAUCAUUUGGAAGACUGUCAGUACUGCCAAGCACUGAAGAAAGCUUUUGCAGAAAAUGAAGAGAUACAGGAAAUGGCUCAAAAUAACUUUGUUAUGCUGAAUCUCAUGCAUGAAACCACAGAUAAAAACCUGUCACCUGAUGGACAAUACGUGCCCCGAAUCAUGUUCAUAGACCCAUCUCUCACAGUAAGAGCUGAUAUCACAGGAAGAUACUCCAACCGACUUUACACUUAUGAGCCACAAGACAUACCAAUCUUAAUAGAGAACAUGAAGAAAGCACUACGUCUCAUUCAGACAGAACUAUAGUCAGCAACAGUAAAAUGACCAUAGCCUCUAUGAGGUGAAGCUGCACCUCUCCGUCUCUACUAGCAUUUUGAACUCUUAACAAGCAG